AUGAAGGAAAUGAAAGAAAUCCACGCUCAUAUCCUCCGUACAAAUCAAAUCACAGACACAUUUGUCGCUACUAAGAUGAUAGAGUAUUGUGUGAUGUCUGCUCGAAAUAUGGAUUACGCUCUUCGUGUUUUUGAUUGUAUUGAUCGACCUAAUGCAUACACAUGGACGACCAUUAUCAGGGGUUUCAUGGAGAUCAAAAUUCCCGAGAAAGCUAUCGAAUUCUAUGGUUUAAUGAGAGCGCAAGGUGUUGAGCCCAAUAAAUUCACCUUCGUAUUUGUUCUCAAGGCUUACUCUUUAAUACCCAGUUACCAGGAAGGAAGAACUGUUCAUGGAAAACUCCUGAGGCUUGGACUUUGUUCUGACGUAUUUCUUCAUAAUGCACUAAUUCACAUGUACUCAAAAUGUGGAGAUGUCAAGGCAGCAUAUUGUCUAUUCGAAGAAGUUCCUGCUUACAAUGUGGUUAACUGGAAUACGAUGAUAAAUGCUUGCUUUUCCUGUGGUGAUAUUGAGAAUGCAAGGAGAUUGUUCAAUGAAAUGCCAGAGAGGAAUGUUGAGUCAUGGAAUGCAUUCAUUAGUGGAUAUUCAAAGUGUGGGCAGAUCAGUGUUGCAAGAUCAUUGUUUGAUGAUAUGCCUAAUAGAGACUUAGUUUCAUGGAGCACAAUGAUUUCGAGCUAUGCCCAGAGUAGAAGGGCUAUGGAGGCCUUGGAUCUUUUCAAAGAAAUGCAGCUUGCUGGUGUUAGACCUGAUAGUGUUACAAUGGUGAGUGCUCUCUCGGCUUGUUCUCAGGUUGGGGCACUAGACAUGGGUAGAUGGAUCCAUGCCUAUGUCAGGAAGAAUAAACUGAUUAAUGAUGUUUUCUUGGGUACUUCUCUUGUAGACAUGUAUGCAAAGUGUGGAUGCAUUGACAUAGCCCUUGAAGUCUUUAAUGGCAUGCCACAUAAGAACGUAUGUUCUUGGAAUGCUAUAUUAUGUGGACUAGCCAUGCAUGGUUAUGGAAAUGAUGUAUUAACACUAUUCAAACAGAUGGAACUUGCUAAUGUAAGACCCAAUGACAUAACAUUUGUAGGGAUUCUGUCUGCUUGCAGUCAUGUGGGUUUGGUGGAUGAGGGUCGUAGGCAAUUCAACCGCAUGGUCAAGGAGUUCAGCAUUGUACCAAAAAUUGAACAUUAUGGCUGUAUGAUAGAUAUUCUUGGUCGAGCAGGUCUCAUCAAUGAAGCUAAAUACUUAAUUAAAAAUAUGCCAAUGGAGCCAAAUAUCAUUAUCUGGGGAUCUUUUCUUACUGCUUGCAGGAUCUGUGGUGAUACUAGUGCUUGCAAUGAUGUAAUUAAGCAUCUGGAAGAAAUAGAACCAGGAGAUGGAGGGUGCUAUGUACUCUUGUCGAACAUAUAUACAUCUGGGAAACAGUGGGGUGAAGCUGAGAAGAUGAGGAAGAUGAUUAGAAAUAUGGGGAUAGAGAAAAGGAUGCCAGGGUGCAGCUCUAUUGAGGUGAAUAGUUUAGUACAUGAGUUUCUUGUGGAGGACAAGUCACAUCCGCAGUGGAGAGAGAUCUAUGGGGCUAUAGAUAGGUUAAGCACAAAUCUUGAAGCCGAAGGUUAUGUGCCAAAUCCCUCCUUGGUCUUGUAUAAUAUAGAUGAAUAA